AUGAAUCGUUGGCAAAACAUUAUAACAAAUCCUGUUAUUAAUGCCUAUUAUUCGCCAUACAUUAAUGGCCUCAAAAUUCCCAUUUGGAUCCUUCAGGGAAUUGCAUUUGAUAUCAAACGACCGAAUUAUCUCAAUUACGGAGCCUUGGGUUGGAUUAUUGGCCACGAAUUGAUCCACGAGUUUGACAAUAUUGGCGGACGAUUUGAUAAAAAGGGAAAUCUUAGGGACUGGUGGGAUAUCGACACUAAAGACAUUUUUAAUAAUAAAACACAAUGUUUUGCUCAACAGUACAAACAAUACAAUGCACUUAAUAUUGACGGCAGAUCUACACUAUCUGAAGAUAUAGCAGAUAAUGGAGGUAUCGAUACAGCGUUUAAGAGUUAUCAAGAUUUUGUGAGAUAUAAUGGGAAGGAAUUAUUACUGCCGGGACUUAACUAUACUCAGGAUCAGCUCUUCUGGAUAAGCGCUGCCAACCUUCACGUCUCCCUUAAAACUGAACUAUCGGAUGAUUCUGUGAAAUCAGUGUCCGAUUCCGACAACAAAGCAAAGGUCAGCAAUAAUGGGACGGAUAGUCGACUAUUUGGCGGUCCUUUACAGAAAUGUGUGACCAAAGAGGGUCGGCUCGGCUUUUGCAAGUCUGGCGUUUGCCUCAAUCUUAUCGACAAAAAGGCAGUGUAUUGUCAAUCAGGCACUUCAUACCACAUGAAAUGCUGUCCCGUAUCUAAUAGGGCGGCCGUUUUGCCUACAAACGAGCCGAUCUGUGGUUUGCGGCCAAACAACAACUUCUUCAUAGUGGGCGGUGCGGAAGCGCCGGCACACUCGUGGCCGUGGGCUGUGGCCAUAUACCAGAACUCGUAUAAAACCAAAAAACUAAAAUCCAGAUUCAUUUGCGGCGGAACUGUAAUCAACGAAUGGUAUAUCUUAUCGGCCGCUCACUGUGUGGUCCGACAGACAGAGAUCUUGACUCCGAACAGCUUUAAGAUACUGAUCGGCGCCCACGACAACAAAAACAGCGGAUUCUACGCCGACGUCUCGGAGAUCAAGAUUCACGAGAACUUUAUUUUCGGUCAACACCGCAAUGAUAUCGCACUCUUCAAACUCACACAAUCACUCGACUUCAGGCAUAACAAGGAUAUCGCACCCGUAUGUCUGCCCCCACCCGAGAUUGAAAGCGCAGACCUGAUCGGCACAAUGGGGACGUUAGUUGGAUGGGGUACUACUUCGCAGAUAUAA